UCUCUAAAAUGUCGAUUCUUUUCUCAAUUUUCUCUCUCUACAAUAUUAAAAUCAUUUCGAACUUUCGAUGCCCCUCAAAAGCAGCUCCUCUUUCUCGUCUAGUCAAGGCGAUAUUUCUCCUCCCAAUUUUCUCUCUCUAAGACAGUAAAAUCGUUUCGAUACUCUCAAAAGUAGCUCCUUUCUCUCUCUAAAAUGGCUCCUCUGCAACUCUGGGAGACCUUUAAAGAGGCCAUUACUGCGUACACAGGUCUGUCGCCUGCAACUUUCUUCACUGUCGUGGCCAUAGCUUUGACCCUUUACCAUUUGGUCUCCGGUUUUUUUUCGACCCCAAGCGUUCGAGCCUCUCCGAGAGAGGCUUUGGAAGAGGUGGAGCCAUUGCCUCCUCCUGUUCAGCUCGGCGAGAUCACCGAGGAAGAGCUCAGCGCUUACGAUGGAUCAGAUCCUAAGAAACCCCUAUUAAUGGCCAUCAAAGGACAGAUCUAUGAUAUCUCUCAAUCCAGAAUGUUUUAUGGGCCUGGGGGACCAUAUGCACUCUUUGCUGGCAAAGAUGCAAGUAGAGCCCUUGCCAAGAUGUCUUUUGAGAAGGAGGAUUUGACAGGUGACAUCGAAGGCCUAGGGCCUUUCGAGCUCGAUGCUCUCCAAGAUUGGGAGUAUAAAUUCAUGAGCAAAUAUGUCAAAGUGGGGCAGAUUAAGAAGGAAACAGUACCCGUGACUGAUGGGUCUACCGGUGAAGCCCCCGAAACAACUGACAACACUGAAAAAGUUGUAGAAGAUGCUCCAAAAGAAGCGCCAGUCGAGAAUUCUCACUCCGAGGAAGUGAAGGAAGGGGCUAAAGAGUGAGCUCUUUGCAUUGUUUUCCUGUGUCAUAAUUAUAGUGGGUUUCUCAUUUUAUUUAUGUAAUGUUAUGUUUGUUUAGUUCAAAGAAACUUGCUAUAGAAUAUGAAAUCUUCAGUAGUGGAUGUAGACCUCACUGGAUUUUACGAUAUACGCACUUCUUGUGGUUGAACAGUGUCAGAACUGUGUAACCAGAGAUGGUUUGGUGAAUAAGUUAUUCAAGUGUCUCACUCUAGAAUUUUCAUGAAGGGAACGGUUUUUUCGAGUUAUGUAUUUUACUCAAUCAUAGACUUUGAAGAAAAGUUAUCUUUGUUCAUGUAGUCAAUAAACUCUUGUUAUGGUAUAAAGAGGCUUUAGUUUAUGUUAUAAAAUACUGGCUUGAUGCAUUGAAAGAAA